AUGAGACUUAUCACCUUAGGAUUCCUCUUCUUGUCGACUUCCGUACACUACUCCCACGUGUUUGCCGCGAAUAGCAACCGAAAUUUGAACAUUAAGCCCACCAGUCAUAAGUCAGGCAAAAAUGAUAAGGCAAACAGAGCGAACGGCAUGACCAACAAGGGAGGCGCUCAGGAUGCAGCCAACGGAGCGACGGACAUACCGAAUGGCAAUGCGAACGGCAAAAAGGGUGCAGCGCCCAUCUCCACUUCGGCGGGACAGGCAUCCGCAGGUGCCUCUGGAGGAGCGGUCCCUCCAGGAAUGAACCCCAAUAUAGAGGAAAAAAUGAAACAACUGAACGAAAUGUUUAAAGGAUUCGGAGAUGGAUUAAACAUAGAAAAUAUUAUGAACAGUGAAAUGUUUCACAAUUUUUUUAAUUCUCUCAUGGGAGGUAAUCCACAUCAUGGUCCUGGUAGUGGACAAGAAAACUUAUUUAAAGAUAUGAUCAGCGCGAUGAAUGCACAGGCAACAGGUGCUGACGGAGAAGCUGGUGAUGGGAACCAGGGACUGAACAUCUCAGUGACCCCAGAACAGCUGGAUAAAAUGAAUCAAGUGAAAGACAAACUGGAGAAUUUCCUAAGAAAUGUAGGCUUAGAUGUAGAACAGCUGAAGGAGCAGAUGCAAAAUGAAAACUUCAUGCAGAAUAAGGAUGCUCUUAAGGACUUAUUGGCCAAUUUGCCAAUGAACCCAGCUAUGAUGCAAAACAUGAUGGCAGGGAAGGAUGGAAAUAUGUUUAAUAUGGAUCUUAACCAAAUGAUGGAUAUGUUUAACCAGCUCAGUCAAGGAAAAAUGAAUAUGAAAGAUUUCGGCAUGGGUGACAUCAUGAAUAGCGGAGGGGCUGGACUUAUGAAUCCAUCACUUGCCGAUGACCAAGAUGAUGAAAGUGACAAUAGGAGAAAGGUAUACCUAACGAACUCGAGUAAUAACGACAGGAACUUCUCAGACAAAUUAAACACAUUUGAAGAUAGCAAUGGAUCAUCUGAAAGAAUGUUUGAUCUUUAUGGAAUGAAUGAUGACGGCAUGGGCGACUCCCUAGGGAAAAAUGACACACUGGACGCGAGUCGGACAAAUAUGAAUAGAAAUCUGUCUGAUGGAGACUCCGCACAGGAAGAUUCGGACCCGUCAAAUGUAAGCGGCACAUCCGAUUCGAACGUUACCGUUACGAAUAAAAUCGAUCAUGACAGCGGAAGCACCAACGAGGUAGAAUCGAAUGAGGAAGAAUUAAUCACGUCCUCUGGAAUUAAGGAAGACGAAAAUAAAAUGGAAGCCACCAAUGGGUAUAAGAAUAAUAAUGCCUUUCUAGACUUGAACAAUUUGAAGAAAGACGACAAUGCCUCCAACUAUGGAAUGAACAACACAGGCGACAAGUCCAAUGGAGGAAACCCAAAUGAAGGAAAUAAAAACAAAGUGACGAACAGACGUAUCGGAGGAAAGAAAAAAAAAACGAUGAAGAAGAUGAAGAAAAAGAAUCCAGGACAAAUUCCAUUCAAAAUGGAAACACUGCAAAAGUUAGUAAAAGAAUAUACCAACACUUCCAACCAGAAGAUUAUGGAAGAAAUUAUAAAAAAAUACGUCUCCUUGAAUAACCAAAGCACUAGAUCGAAUAGCGAUGAAGAGGAUGAGGAAGAAGAUCUGGAAGAUGAAAACGACGCCAAGGAAAAAAGCUCCGAAAAGGAGGAAGAACUGAACAUGGACGAAUUCAGCAUUAAAGACAUUAAGCAGCUAAUCUCGGAAGGUAUUUUAACAUAUGCAGAUCUGACAGAGGAAGAAUUAGGAAAACUAGCCAAACCAGAUGAUAUGUUUUACGAACUAUCUCCCUACGCAAAUGAAGACAAGGACCUCUCAUUAAAUGAAACUUCUGGUGUAGCAAACGAACAACUGAAUGCAUUUUUGAAAAAAAAUGGAUCCUACCAUAUGAGUUACGACUCCAAAGCAAUCGAUUACUUGAAGCAGAAAAAGGCAGAAAAGAAGGAGGAGGAACAGGAAGAUGAUACUUUCUACGAUGCCUACAAACAGAUUAAAAAUUCCUAUGAAGGCAUUCCUUCCAAUUAUUACCAUGAUGCUCCUCAACUGAUUGGAGAUAAUUAUGUCUUCACCUCGGUGUAUGACAAGAAGAAAGAGCUGAUCGAUUUUCUUAAACGAAGCAAUGGCGUUACGGGCGAAAGUGACAACUCCGCAGAAAGUAGCACUUUCAAAUCCAAGUAUUACGAUAAGUACAUGAAAAAGUUAAGUGAGUACAGAAGAAGGGAAGCAUUUAAGAUUUUGAAAAAAAGAAGAGCGCAGGAAAAGAAAUUGAAGAAAAAACAAGAAAUGCAGAAUAAUACCAAUAACGAAGUGGACUACUCUGAAUAUUUAAAAAAAAACGGUUUUAUGAACAGCAGCAAUGGAACAGUUAAAACGUUUUCGAAGGACCAACUGGACAACAUGGUGAAGCAUUUUAAUGACGGCGGAGACAACAUCUUCAGUAGCAGCGUUGCUGGUGCAGACGUCGGUGGUGACUAUUCCGGUAUGAGCGGAGGUGGUAACUUCUCGCACUCCAGCGGAGGUAACCCCGCGGGCUAUGUGACCUUCGAUGGGCAAAGCGUCGUGGGGUCCAAUGAAAAUCACGAGGAAGAGUCCAACGAGGAAAUCCUGAACGAGGAGGACGACAACGCGGAUGACGAUGUAUGA